GUAGCCAACUUUUUCCUAGGAUGAUUCUAUAAUAUUUCUCCAUUCACCUUCAUGGAGGACUGACAUUCUGGAAUUAAGACCAUCUAUUCCCUAGUUUACCAGUCUCUGUUACGCUUUCAGGGAAAUAAGGAAAUAACUUUUUCACUUUUAACCAGCAUUUUUUCUCCCUACAGGCCACAGCCUUGUAACAAGAUGAAAUCUUUCUUCUUUUUGCUGCUCAUUCUGAUCCAUCUUCUAGCACUACUGUCUCCUGGCCAUGCUGGUUGCGUUUCAAAAGAAGACUUAGACUUAAUUGUGCAGAAGAAAGUAAAUGAAGCUCUUUCCAAAUUAGAGAUUGGAAAUAAGGGACCACUCUCUUGUACAAGUGUGAAAAAUCGAGGCACCCUAGCCACUUGCCCUGCAGGGUUUGUAGUUACCGGCUGUGCCUGUGGCUAUGGCUGUGGCUCCUGGGAUGUUCGAGGAGACAACACAUGUCACUGUCAGUGUAAGGGCAUGGACUGGACCAGUGCUCGAUGCUGCAAGAAUUCCUAGUGAGGGGAAGGUGGGAACAUCAUCACCCUCGGUCUCGCUGUCCUUACCUUGCAUAAAAUCAUGGUCCCCAAUUCAGUUCUGACACUGACUUUGCUCCUGACCACAUAGCCCCUAGCUCUCCUCGCCUCAAAGCACUUCUGCUUCUGCAGUUUAGAGCCAUAGUCUCUGUACUUCAAGCUGCUUCUCUUGAAUCAUCUUUUCUCCCUUUCAAACCAUCACUAUUUACCACCCCACCUGAUCCUGCCCAGGAUAGGAUCUAUGAAUAUAAUAAAGAAUCUGAGAUUGGAA